AUGGUGGAUUUAGAGCUGAUGUCCGACAAUGGAGUUGAGAAUUUUGCUGACUCCAUAGUUAAGAGGGGCUUGUGCACUUGGCUAACUCCCGUCCAACGCGUUUACACUCGCGAAGACCUUCUACAAGCGAAAAAUGCUAAGGCUUGCGGUAAUGUCCCACCCAUCAGUCUCAAUGAGAAUAUUGCGGAAAUCGUCGUCGGCCUCCAGACGAUCACAGUUGCCUGA